CCUCCCUGCAUCAAACCUGUUUGUUCUCUGUACUUAAGAGUCUCUUAUGGUUUGGUUUCCUCUCUCCUUUUUUGGUCCCUUCUCCUGUGUUCGAGUGUUUUGUUUCUUAAAUUUCACAUAUGAGUGAAAUUGUAUGGGGUUUGUCUUUCUCUGACUUAUUUCGUUGGAAUAAGGGAGAAAAUGUUGGGUCAAGCCAUAUUUACUUGAGAAAAUUUAAACAUCAUUAGUGAAAGCGGUAAAGAAAGAGCACAGCUGACUUAGUCUAGCCAUUCUUUGGAGGCAUACCAACAUCACAGUAUUCAGGGAAAUCAGAGAGGCUAAUUAACCGUUAUCUUCUGUUCUGUGGCUGCAAAGGCAGAUGCAUGCUCUGAAGCUGAGGCAGGAUGCUGUUUUACUCUUCUUUAAAUGGAAAACUUUCAAUAUUUUAAAGUCAAAUUUGAUAGUUAUUAAGAUUACAUUAAAAGUUGUUCUAACUUAAACAUUCCCCAAAUUAUAGCCCAAAGUUGAACAUAUUAACUUUAUAACAUUAUAGCAUGUGUUAAGUCCUAGACAUUAAUCUUUCCUUUUUAGUACAGGAAAAAAUCCAUUUCCACUGAUUUAAUUUUUAAGAGUAUCAUAUCGUACUGAAGUAACACCUGUUUGUUACUUUUUAGUUUUUCAAAUGAUCCUAUUUGAAAUAGAUGCUAUUAUUACUAUUCUAAGAUGAAUAUGUUGUCAAUUUCCAAAUUAUCUAAGUCUCUUUUAAAAGAAAGGUAGGUUGAAUCUGUGUAACAUAAGAAGUGAAAAUGGUAAGUGUAUUGCCAAAAAUGAAGGUGAGAAAAUGAUUAACAAUAACGAUAUUAUCUUAGGAAAAGAGCAUGUUGCUAGCUCAAUAAACUUGUGGUUUAUUUCUUUAUAAUAAAUACUGUUAAUUACUUUGUUCUCAGUUUUUUUUCCGAGGAAAGGGCUGGCUAAAGUUACAUAUUGGCAUUUACAACAUUAAAAGUGGAUAUUCUGUUCUUGCUUCUUGUUUCUAAUACCUCAUUUGAUGCCUUUAAAAAUUUAUUGAGCACCUACUAUCUGCAGUGUAUAAUAGUAGGCUUAUGAAUUGAAAAAUAGUCUGUGUAGGGGAGUGUUAGGUAUUGUGAUGUCAUAGAAUCUAUUCCCAUAAGAAAAGACUGCUCAUCAGUAGUUUUUAGGGCUUUGAAAUAGUGAGUACUCUUCUCUUGGUACUGUUCUCAGAUAAUUAUGUGUACACAAUUCCAGGCACAUAGUAGGUACUCAAUAAAUGUUUUCUAAAUCAAUGAUGAAGGAAUUCACAAUAAUUAUAAUAAUAGAAAAUCAAUGUGUAUUGCCUAAAAAUUAUAGAAAUGGAUUUUAUUCUUUAAAGAAGAUUAUAAAAAGUUUACAAAUUUAGUAAUUUCUCUCUAUAUGGCUAUUAUUCCCUUUAAUGGAACCUUAACCUAUUGUUUUUGUAUUACAGUUUUUAAGAGAAAUGAAUCGAAAUAACCCAUUUUGAGGAAGCCAUGGCAAAAUCAGUUACAAAACACAGAGUUUGUUCUCGGGAAUCUUCAGUAUCUUCUCUGCUAGCAAGCUGCAGCCUGAGUGGUAGCAAUUCCUCUAACUCUGAUGGCUCUUUUCAAUAUAAGGAUAAACUGUAUAGUUCUGCCUCUCAGGCUCUACAGGCCUAUAUUGAUGAUUUUGAUUUAAGCCAGAUGUAUCCUGGUGCAAACGCUGGAAAGAUUAACAACAAUAGGUGUUCUGCUCAUAUGCCAGAAUUCUCCAACUAUAUUUGUAAACCAAACAAUGCUUUUGAAAAUGUUGAUCACAAAAAAAGCUCCUUGUCCUUAUCCUGUAGAAGAGAGACUGUUAAUGACAUAGACUCCAUUAGCCUAACAACUGAUGAUCUAUUAAAACUUCCAGCAGAUGGAUCAUUUUCUUUUGCUUAUGUUGGAUCAAAUCAUCGAAUUAGCAAGAAAAAGAAGAAAUGCAUUGGAAGACUGAGUUCAUCAGAUACUGAGAAGAAUAAAAAUUUUCAAGAACCCUCCACUCCCAUGUGCAAGGAUAACUUAGUUACUCCCGUUGUAUACACAAAUAUAAAUGGAAAGCAAUGUGGUAGGCUGAAAAACCCAAAACUUGUGAGUAAGACUAAUAAAUGCGUUUCUGAACCAUCUUUACCUUUUUCCAAGAAAUUGUCUUUCAAGGACAGUUCAGAACACAAUCUUGAAAAGAAUUACCCAAGAUGGCUCACUAGCCAGAAAUCGGACCUUAAUGUUUCAGGGAUAACUAGUAUACCUGAUUUCACCUACCCAGUGUGGCUCCACCAUCAAGACUUGCUACCUGAUACAAAUAGUCAAAGGAUAUAUAAAAUAUUUAAAGAAGAUCGGUGUUCCCCUAGACAUAGUUACCAGGCACAAAGAACUUCUCGACUUAUGAAUAAAUUAGAUUGUUUUGAAUAUUCUUUUGAACCCUCAAACAUUUCAGAUUCCUUGAAUGAUGAUAAAGGAUUGAUUAAUGAAUGUAAAUGUGAUUCUCAACAUAGCCAGUGUCAAUGUGAGAAUCCAGUUCUCCCAGGACAAACCAAAAAGCCAUUCAGUGGUGACAAAAUUGAAUUGCUUAUCCUGAAGGCCAAGAGAAAUCUAGAGCAUUGUGCUGAAGAGUUACCGAAGUCUAAGAAAAAGGAUGAUAGUCCUUGUUCAUUAGAUAAACUUGAAGCAGAAAGAUCAUGGGAAAAUAUCCCUGUUACUUUCAAAUCUCCUGUUCCUGUUAACUCUGAUGAUAAUCCUCAACAAACUUCAAGGGCAAAGUGUACUAAAGGGUUCCUCGAAGAUUUUUUAAAUAAUGAUAAUCAGAGCUGUACCCUUUCUGGAGGGAAACAUCAUGGACCUGUUGAAGCCCUGAAACAAAUGUUAUUUAAUCUUCAAGCAGUACAAGAAAGUUUUAAUCAGAAUAAAACUGUAGAUCUGAAAGAAGAAAUUAAGCAAGUUUCAGAAGACAAUUUCUCUCAAUUACAGUUGAAGGAAAGUAUGGUUCCUAUUACUAGAUCACUUCAAAAGGCUUUGCACCAUUUAUCUCGCCUGAGAGACCUGGUUGAUGAUACCAGUGGGAAACAGUCACCGAAAACAUGAAGAGGAAAAUAAAACAUUCCAACCAAUAAAUAGUCACCACAGAACAAAAAUGUAUAUUUUUCCUAUUCCUUAAACUGACAAAGAAAUUAUAACUCAUACAUUAUUCUGUGAUUGGUUCAAAUAUUAUAUGUUUUUUUUAAAAACCAAACUUGAAAAUGUGCAUAGAUUUUGUGACCUAUUCUCAUUUUAUGCCAAAAUGCUAGAAUGUGAACUUGAAGGACCCACACUGUGUCCUACAGUCUGAUUUUGGUUUUCAGGCCAGCAUAUGUCCUAUAUUCAAAGGUGGAUGAUUUCCGUUCUUGAAGCUUACAUGGAUUUAAUCUUCUUGAACAUCCUCAUCAUUUUAUCAUCUGUUUCUGGAUUAUUAACAAACUCUUCUUGGUUUCUAUCCAAAAUCUCUUAAGUAGACUUUUUGAUACAAUUAACAUCUACUUUUAAGUAGCUUAAAGGAAUAUCAAAGUUGUUAUGGUGUAUCUUAUCCAUAUAGAGUAUGUUACUUUUAAUUUUCCUAAGUAUUUAAGAUAUGUUGUAUUUGCAAAUAACAUUAAUGACGGGGUGACGCACUGCUAAAGGAACGUUGUUUUAUGUUGUGAAAUCCAAGAGAAAACCUCAUUUAAUUGAUAUUUUGAUUUUGAUUCUGUGUAAGAUAAUCUUGGUCUUGAUAGCUUACAAAGCAUUUCAGGGGUGUAUAUUUGAGAAUUUAAUAUUUUGGUACUGACUAUUUCCCAGACUUUAGUUUUGGGGUUAGCUCAAACUAAUAAAAGCUAUGAGAUCAGUGACCAAUUACUUCAUGCAAUUUGACAAAUAAAAUGAAUAUGGAAAAUCCAAAAA